AAAAAUUUAGAUAUUUGCAGAAAUGGAAAAUGGUUUCCCCUCCCACCGAUAUUUCCCUCUGUGUCCGUUUACUAUUACUAAAUACUAAAAUUCAUCAACACGACUGAGCGAACCUAUCAUCAACAUACCCAAUAGCAAUUCUAACUUUAAGCUCUGUUUUUGUUGAAUUAUUGUUACUAUUUCACCGUUUACGUUAAUUCCAUCAAUAAAGGCUUCAGAGGAAAUGGUUUUUUCUUGGCGUUGCUGCUUCACUACAGUCUCUGUACUACUGGUGAUUUAUUUUGCAUCAUCGCUGAGUGCGGAGAAGACUGUUCCUUUGGUUACUAAUGGGGAUUUGCAUUCUGAGGAAUAUUGUGCAAUGUAUGACAUAUGUGGAGAACGCAGUGAUGGGAAAGUCUUGAAUUGCCCGUAUGGUACUCCAUCUGUUAAGCCUGAUGAGCUUUUAUCAGCCAAGAUUCAAAGCUUGUGUCCAACCAUAAGGGGAAAUGUUUGUUGUACUGAGGCUCAAUUUGAUACAUUGCGGGGACAGGUCCAGCAAGCAAUUCCUUUUCUUGUGGGUUGUCCAGCAUGCUUGAGGAACUUCUUAAAUCUUUUCUGUGAGCUAUCUUGUUCCCCAAAUCAAAGUCUUUUCAUCAAUGUGACUUCUACCUCCGAGGUUUGUGGAAAUUCAACUGUGGACGGUAUUGACUAUUAUUUAUCUGACAAUUUUGCACAAGGGCUAUACAAUUCCUGCAAGGAUGUGAAAUUUGGAACUAUGAAUACGCGGGCGUUAGACUUUGUUGGUGCUGGUGCCAAAAAUUUUGAAGAAUGGCUUGUAUUUAUCGGUCAGAAAACUCCCCCUGGGAUUCCUGGGUCACCUUAUGCCAUUAAUUUUAAGUCAAGUAUUCCUGAUCUAUCUGAAAUGAAGCUUAUGAAUGUGUCUGCUUAUUCAUGUGGAGACACUCUGCUGGGCUGCUCUUGUGGUGACUGCCCUGUAUCUCCAGUGUGCUCGAGUUCAGAGCCUCCCACUCCACACAAAGAAGAUUACUGUUUAAUCAUAGUUGGGCCCCUUAAGGUCAAAUGUGUUGAUUUCUCACUAGUUAUUGUAUACAUUCUACUAGUUUCUGCAUUAGUGGGGUGGACUUUCUUUCAUCAUCAUCAAAGAAGUGAAUGGAUAGCUGUAGCUGGUACAGAACCAUUGUUGAAAUUUACAGAUGAAGAUGACAAGAGAAAUAUUCUAAUGGAUGGAAAGCAGGCACGUGACAUGGCUCCUAGAUUGAUGAAUAGAUUUCAACUUCCCAUUGUUCAAGGAUACAUGUCAAGAUUUUACAGGCAAUAUGGUACAUGGGUUGCUAGAAAUCCCACCCUUGUCUUGUGUUCAUCUCUGGCAGUUGUCCUUGUACUUUGUCUAGGUUUAAUUCGUUUUAAAGUGGAGACCCGGCCAGAGAAGUUGUGGGUAGGUCCAGGGAGUAAGGCAGCAGAAGAGAAACAGUUUUUUGACAGCCACCUUGCCCCCUUCUACAGAAUUGAACAGCUUAUAUUAGCAACCUUGCCUGCUACAAAGCACGAUAAGAAGCCCAGUAUCAUUACUGAUGAUAAUAUCCAAUUACUCUUUGAAAUACAGAAGAAGGUUGAUGGGUUACGUGCAAAUUAUUCUGGCUCAGUUGUAUCUCUAACCGAUAUUUGCAUGAAGCCUUUGGGUCAAGAUUGUGCCACUCAAAGUGUUCUACAGUAUUUUAAAAUGGACCCUGAAAAUUAUGACUACUAUGGGGGAGUCCAACAUGUAGAAUAUUGUUUUCAGCAUUACACUUCUGCAGAUACAUGUUUGAGUGCAUUUGAGGCCCCACUUGAUCCAACCACUGCCUUAGGUGGAUUUUCAGGGAAUAACUAUACAGAGGCUUCUGCAUUUGUUAUUACCUAUCCAGUUAAUAAUGCAAUUGAUGAAGCAGGGAAUGGAAAGGCAGUGGCAUGGGAAAGGGCUUUCAUUCAGUUAGUGGAGGAUGAGCUGCUAUCAAUGGUGCAGUCUAGUAAUCUGACUCUCGCGUACUCAAGUGAGAGCUCAAUUGAGGAAGAGCUGAAAAGAGAAAGUACUGCAGAUGUUUUAACUGUCUUGGUGAGUUAUGCUGUGAUGUUUGUCUACAUAUCUGUGACAUUGGGUGAUGUACCUUCUCUAUCAACAUUUUACCUCUCAUCCAAGGUAUUGCUUGGUCUUUCAGGAGUGGUGCUUGUGAUGCUUUCUGUCCUUGGCUCCGUUGGUAUUUUCAGUGCUAUUGGGGUGAAGUCAACACUGAUCAUAAUGGAAGUCAUUCCUUUCCUGGUUUUGGCAGUUGGAGUGGAUAACAUGUGUAUACUGGUGCAUGCAGUGAAACGUCAAUCGCUGGAGAUAGCUCUAGAAGAGAGAAUUAGUAAUGCACUUGUUGAAGUUGGUCCAUCAAUAACGCUUGCUAGUUUAUCUGAGAUUCUGGCAUUUGCUGUUGGAAGUUUCAUUCCUAUGCCAGCAUGUCGUGUCUUCUCUAUGUUUGCAGCUUUGGCUGUUCUAUUGGACUUCCUUCUGCAAGUUACAGCUUUUGUUGCAUUAAUUGUAUUCGACUGCAAGAGAGCUGAGGACAACAGGAUUGACUGUUUUCCAUGCAUAAAGCUAUCUUCAUCUUCUGAAGAGAUGAAUGAAGGUGUCUAUCAAAGAAGACCAGGAUUGCUGGCUAGAUAUAUGAAGGAGGUACAUGCACCCAUUCUUGGACUUUGGGGAGUUAAAAUAGUUGUCAUUGCUGUCUUUGUUGCAUUUGCCUUGGCAAGCAUUGCACUGUGUACAAGGAUUGAUUCUGGUUUGGAGCAACAAAUUGUUCUGCCCCGAGACUCUUACCUUCAGGGUUAUUUCAAUAAUGUUUCUGACUAUCUGCGCAUAGGACCGCCAUUAUAUUUUGUUGUCAAGGAUUACAACUAUAGCUUAGAAUCGAGACAUACAAACCAGUUGUGCUCCAUCAGCCAAUGUGAUUCAAACUCUCUUUUGAACGAGAUAUCGAGAGCAGCUUCAGUUCCCGAGUCAAGUUAUAUUGCAAAGCCGGCUGCCUCAUGGCUGGAUGACUUUCUUGUGUGGAUAUCACCAGAGGCUUUUGGUUGCUGCAGGAAGUUCCUAAAUGGUACUUAUUGCCCACCAGAUGAUCAGCCACCUUGUUGCUCACCUGAUGAAGGUACUUGCGGCGUUGGUGGAGUUUGCAAGGAUUGCACAACGUGCUUCCGCCAUUCAGAUUUGGUCAACGACCGACCAUCUACAGUGCAAUUCAGAGAGAAGCUUCCAUGGUUCCUUAAUGCUUUGCCAUCUGCUGACUGUGCAAAGGGUGGUCAUGGGGCUUACACCAACAGUGUAGAUCUAAAUGGAUAUGAGAGUGGAGUUAUACGAGCUUCAGAGUUUCGUACAUAUCACACACCGGUUAACAAACAAAGUGACUAUGUUAAUGCAUUGCAAGCUGCACGGGAAUUCAGCUCAAGCAUUUCUGAUUCUCUGAAGAUCGACAUCUUUCCCUAUUCCGUGUUCUACAUAUUUUUUGAGCAAUAUCUGGAUAUUUGGAGGAUAGCUUUAAUCAAUAUUGCUAUAGCGCUCGGUGCCAUAUUUAUUGUCUGCUUGGUCAUCACUUCCAGUUUGUGGAGUUCAGCUAUCAUUCUCCUUGUUUUGCUGAUGAUUGUUGUGGAUCUAAUGGGUGUAAUGGCAAUCCUGGAUAUCCAACUAAAUGCAGUCUCCGUCGUAAACCUUAUAAUGUCAAUAGGAAUUGCUGUUGAGUUUUGUGUGCAUAUUGUACAUGCCUUCUUGGUAAGCCAUGGGGAUAGGAGCACUAGGGCUAAAGAAGCUCUGACUACCAUGGGAGCUUCCGUCUUCAGUGGAAUUACACUCACAAAGCUUGUUGGAGUCAUCGUCCUCUUCUUUUCCAGAUCAGAAAUUUUUGUGGUCUAUUACUUUCAAAUGUACCUGGCUUUGGUUCUUAUCGGUUUCCUGCAUGGACUGGUAUUUCUACCUGUGAUACUGAGUAUGUUUGGUCCACCUGCAAGACAUGUGAUCAAGAAUCCAGAAGCCGAGCCUUCUGGUUCAUCAAAUCUGAGCUGAUUGGUGUAUUUCUUUUAUAGUUUUGUUUCAACAGAAGAAACAGUGCGCCCUCGAUCGCUACCCUUUCUUUCAAUAUUUGUGGGCAAAUGUAAAUUAUGAGGAAAUCACAUUCUUUUCAGAUAUUUUAAUUUCAAAGUGUAUUAUUUUUCUCCUUCACUGCGUGUGCCCUCGAUCAGUAUCCUUUGUUUCAAUAUUUGUGGGCAAAUGUAAAUUAUGACAUGGCUCUCGGACGAUGUAGGGACAUGGUCUCAGAUCCAACGACACCGUUUAACUAAAAGACAACGUUUAACUGAAAGGCAGUGAUAUGUUAAUAUGUCCCACGUGUUAAUACAAAUUUAAAUGUCAUUUUACCU